ACAAAUGACAAUUUAUAAGUGUUUUUGUCUUGUCAUCGUCGUUGAAACAGGUAAACCCGUUGAGACUCAAAAUUUUGAUAUAGCGAGCGUGAACAGAAUUAUUUACAGAAUAAUAAGGAUCUUUAAAUUGAUAUAUUUACCAAAUUCUUUGAUUAAUUCAGUAAAAACGCCGGGAUCACUCUCUAUCAAACACCAAUUCCCAGCCAUGUCCGCCAUCUUUCUGAUUUUCUGUUUAUAAGAUUAGAGGUUAGGGCUUAGGCGUACGAUACGAUUUUGCACGUAAAUGUGCGUCUCCAACGCGCGCGCUUGCGUAUUGCAUCGAGGCAUUAUGGAAAUCGGCCCAGAUGCCGUCAGCUGUUUUAUGCGCAACGUAGUAAGACGUAAGUGAAUUGUCAAGAUGCCACAGGGAAGGAGGAAAACUCCGUUUAGCGGAAAAGCCAAGAAACAGCAGAUGCAAGCUAAAAAACAACGAAAAACUCGGGUUUUGCUCACUGGUAAUUACAGUAAAGAGGAAGAAGCGGAUCAGGAAGCUGCAGACUUUGGGCGUGGUAUUAAAAAAAUCAACAAACAGCCAAGAGAUAACACUGGUAAAAAUAGGUAUGCCUUACAGUUCUUUCAAGAAACCAAAGAAGAAUUGCAAAAAAGAAAAGAAGAUGCGAGAAAAGCAUUGGAGCAAUGCACAAUAGAACAACAAGAAGUUUCUGAUGAUUAUUUUCCUACUGGUCUAGAUAUGCCGAAGAGGCCAGCCUGGGAUUUUAGCAUGAGCAAGGAAGAACUUGAGGCUCGAGAGCAGAGAUAUUUUACUUCUUACUUGAAGAAUAUUGAAAGUCUGGCAAAUAUCAGCUACUUUGAGCUUAAUCUUGAAACUUGGCGGCAGCUAUGGAGAGUAAUUGAAAUGUCUGAUAUACUGUUGAUUAUUGUUGAUAUUAGAUAUCCUGUUAUGAUGUUCCCACCGUAUUUGUACAACUAUGUCACUAAUGAUUUGGGCAAAGAAAUGAUUUUGAUUUUAAACAAAGUUGAUUUGGCACCUGCAGCACUGGUUGUUGCAUGGCAAGAGUAUUUUAAGACUAAAUACCCUAAACUUCACAUUUUGGUCUUCACAUCUUUUCCAGUUUACAAUCUAAGACAGAACUACAGCGAAGAAGGAGAAGGUUUGAAGUCGAGAAGGAGGAAGGGUAAAUUGAAGAUGGCUGCAGAAGGAGCCCAAAAGAUCAUGGAAACUUGCAAGGAAAUUGUAGGUGAUAAAGUAGAUUUAACUUCUUGGCAUGAGAAGAUUCAGGAAGAAAUGCAUUUAGAAUAUGAUCUCGAUGACUUGGAGAGAAAAGAUAAUGUUGUCAUAGAGAAGAAAGACACUAGUUAUUUCGCGCAUGAGAAAUACAAAAGCGGAGUUUUGACGGUUGGUUGUGUUGGGACCCCGAACGUUGGAAAGUCAUCAUUAAUUAAUGCCUUGAUGGGCAAGAAGGUUGUGAGUGUGUCUCGAACUCCUGGCCACACCAAGCAUUUCCAAACCAUCUAUCUCACAAAGAACGUGUGCCUGUGUGACUGUCCCGGUUUAGUCUUUCCAUCAACUGUACCUAAGCAGUUCCAAAUUCUGAUGGGAUCAUUCCCCAUUGCUCAAGUCAGAGAGCCAUACACAACGAUCAAAUUCAUGGCAGAGAGAGUUGAUCUGCCCAAAUUGUUGAAACUCCAGCACCAGGACAACGACGAUACCUGGUCAGCAAUGGACAUCUGUGAUAGUUGGGCUGCCAAAAGGAAUUAUCACACUGCAAAGGCAGCUAGACUGGACACUUACAGAGCUGCUAACUCAUUGUUGAGAAUGGCUUUGGAAGGAAAGAUUUGCGUUUACGCCUAUCCUCCUAACUGGUCCAAAGAGAAGGAGCGCUGGGAAUCUCAUCCCGACAUUGACACCGUCAAGUGGAUCCAGGCGAGAAGUCGUACCGACGAGGAUACUUACAAGUACUCUGAAAGAAACGACUCAUCGUCUGACACUGAGGAGGACGAUGUGGAAACAAACGACGAGCACGAGACCUCCGAGAAGGACAGAUCCGAGGAUUCCGAGGAAGACUCGUCUGAACACGAAUCUCAGAUAUCCUCCGUGUCUAACAAAUUCGGAGUCCUGUUGGCCGACGCGUAAAUCGUAUAUUCUCAUACACACUUUUGAAGUAUGCGAUAAAUUAUUCUAUUUUAAAUAAAACUAUAUAAAUUUUACAAAA